UUUAUUCGUUGAAAUAUGUGCGGUAUUAUGAAACAUUUCUCUCCAGGAUUAAUUACGAGUGUUUUUCGAACGUCUAUGUUCGUGACUUGGCAGAAACAUGGAGAAUUUUCGUAAAGUCAUGGUAAUGCCAUAAGAUAUCGACAUGCAUUGAUGGAAAACAAGACUAGCGACAGGAGGGGAGAAAAGACAAGGACGGUUACAAGAGCUUAUUACAAAAUAUGCUACUUAUAUGUCUUUAGAAAUCACAACAAAUUUGGUGCAAAUAUGACUACGCAGUGUUUUCUUUGUUAGCACAAUGCGACAGAUUCUUCAGAACAAAGAGUGGGGAACGUGUACAUACAGUCACAGCAAGAUGUCAGCGACUCUAGAACGAAGUUACCAGCCGCUCCAGCCGUAUGGACCAGAGCUGGGAGAGGCAGAUGAAACACCACAGGACAGUGGCGUGAUGAUCCAUGUUGUACCUGAGAACAGCAGAGCUCGAUGGAACCAUGUGGAAGACUUGGACUCAUUCUUCACCAGAAUGUACCACUAUCACCAGAAACAUGGGUUCACCUGCAUGAUCCUACAGGAGAUCCUGGAAUUGCUGCAGUUCAUCUUCGUCGUCAUGUUCUCUACAUUUCUCCUCCACUGUGUGGACUAUUCAGUACUCUUUAGGGACAAUGUUAAUGCAACUGCCCACCAGAAGAUCUCUCUAAGUGAUGCGGUGUUACCAACAAGUGAAUGCAUAGCAAAUUUAGGUGCACUAACAUGGGUCUGCAUUUUGGUGGCUGUGAUAUUUUGGGCCCUGCGUGCAAUCAAGGUUAUAUACCACCUGUUCCAGUUUUGGGAUAUUAAGCAGUUUUUUAACACAGCUCUUAAGAUAAAUGAUAGUGAUUUAGACAAUUUGACUUGGCAUGAGAUCCAGCGCCGAGUGCGAGAAGUGCAGCUUGAACAGCAGAUGUGCAUUCAUAAAAGUGACCUCACUGAGCUGGACAUCUACCACAGAAUUCUCAGGUUCAAGAACUACAUGGUGGCUAUGGUUAAUAAGUCCUUGUUGCCGGUGAGAUUGCAUCUGCCUCUUCUGGGGGAAAUUGUGUUCCUUACUAGAGGCCUCAAGUAUAACAUCGAGUUACUGCUUUUCUGGGGACCAUGGGCACCAUUUGAAAACAACUGGCAUCUGAAAGAGGACUACAAGAAAGUCAGCAGACGGAAAGAUUUAGCUGAGCUUUUAUCGAAACACAUAUUGUGGGUUGGAAUUGCAAAUUUUGUGUUGUGCCCUCUCAUUUUGCUAUGGCAGAUACUGUAUUCCUUCUUCAAUUAUGCUGAGGUUAUAAAGCGGGAACCAGGCAGCUUGGGGUCACGCUGCUGGUCCCUUUAUGGCAGACUAUAUCUUCGUCAUUUCAAUGAGUUGGAUCAUGAGUUGAAUGCGCGUCUGAACCGUGCAUAUAGACCGGCGUCAAAGUAUAUGAACAUUUUCACCUCUCCUCUGAUGACCAUUAUAGCACAAAAUGUGGCGUUUGUGGCUGGUGCGUGUCUUGCUGUGUUGCUGAUCCUUUCCGUGUAUGAUGAGGAUGUUAUAACAGUUGAACAUGUACUGACAGCCAUCACAGUUCUGGGAGCAGUUGUCGCUGGAAGCAGAGUCUUCAUACCAGAUGAGAACUUGGUGUGGUGUCCUGAGAAGCUGCUCACUGCUGUACUGGCUCACGCCCACUAUCUGCCUGACAGUUACCGAGGACAGGCACAUACAAACCGAGUGCGUGAGGAGUUCUCCCAACUCUUCCAUUACAAAGCGGUUUACCUCCUGGAGGAACUGCUGUCUCCAGUGGUGACACCCUUCAUCCUCUGCUUCCACUUACGCUCAAAAUCUCUGGAUAUCGUCGAUUUCUACCGUAACUUCACGGUAGAAGUGGUGGGAGUUGGGGACGUCUGUUCGUUUGCACAAAUGGAUGUCCGUCGUCAUGGCAACCCGGCUUGGCAGACCAGUGUGACCUCUCCUGUGAAACCUCAGCCCUCUGGUCCAGGUGAUGCAAUAAAAGCUGGCAUGCACACUGUUGCCAACCAGUACACACAGGCAGAGGAUGGGAAGACUGAACUCUCACUGGUUCAUUUUACACUGACAAAUCCUGAGUGGCAGCCGCCCACAGAUGCAGAAGAUUUUGUCACAGCCCUUCGGACACAGGCAAGAAGAGACGCGAAUCAGUUACUGAGCACUGCAGGUGUUGGUGCUGUGAAUCCACUGUACUCGUCACUGCAUUCAGUAUCAUCCCUUGGCGCUGGGUUCAGCAGUCUUGUGGCAAGCAUAUUCCGAGGAAACACGGCGGCCAUGGCGGCGGGUGGGCUGAUGGAUUCGUCUGUUGGGAUGAUGCCGCUGUUUUCUGCUGGUGCAGUACAAAGUAACUUGGGUUCUGGAGAGAGAGCCCCUGGUCUAUGUGAACCCAUGGUACCUGCACCUACUGUACGUGGUGGACUGAGUCGUGCCGAAGGACCCAUUCACUCGUCAGAAAGAGGGUUGCUGUACAGUUUGCAGCAGGGGUUGCCCUCAAGCUCUUUAGCAGCCUCUGUAUUUGCUCCUGUGCCAGACAUGGCUCCAGAGACGGAUCCCCUGGAAUUCACUGCGGCAGACAUGAGUCUGAGCACCCUGUACCUGCAUGAGCUGCACCAUCGACAGGUGCGGCGUAGAGGGUAUCAGGAAUCCAGUCUCAACCGGUCUGCAUGGCAGAGGCCCCACCAAGAUAUGCCUGGCAUCAGGGAGCUUGGUGAUGAAUCAGGGGAGUUGACACGACAUGCAGAGAGGACUCCACUACUGGACACAGCCACAAAACCUACAAGGACUUCAUAGCGGGUAGCAUGGUGAUGACAGAGGAGGAUGCUGGCACAGCUCGUCAAGAUACAGUGUUGCUUGUUGAGCAGAAUCAAGGUCUGACGAGUUUCUGGUCAACAUGGCGGUCAUUUGCCAUCAGUUGUGCUUGAUGAUUAAACGCCAAUCAAAUUAUUUUCAUAGGGAUUACCAUACUUCCUUGCAUAUUUUUUUGUACUGUCAAAUUUCGAACAAUGGAGUAAUGUUUUAGAACUAGUUUAGAAUGUAAUUAAAAAAUGUAUCCAUGAUAUCAAAGCCAGUAAAAAAUCAACGACUUCGAGCUGUACACCUGGAGCUCAAAUAAGAGUGGCACCAUGGCUGUGGGGUGCACAGUCAUCACUUUUACAGGCAAAAUGUUAAGGAAAAGAGUAAGAGUUCAGGCUACUUAGGAAAUCACUUGUGAUGUCAGACUGCCAGCAGAAAGUUCUCAUUUCAUUUGCAGUGUUCCGCAUAAACUGAUUGAGCUGACGAUAAUUCUUGCUUAUAAUGAAUUUCUUGUUAAGCUAGACUCAUUCUGCUGCAGUUACCUUGUAAAUAAAUAUGUUGCUAACAGGUGGCAGAAGCAGUUCUGCCUGUGACACACUGAAUGUCCAAAACCAGGCAGACAUUUCCAAAACACUGCAGUAGGCACGGCUCUGGAAGCAGGACUUGCAGAACCAUCAUUCUCUCAAGCCUAGUAGCAUGCUUGACAGGAGGCAUUCAGAUUUUCACCAUGGAAUGUUGAAUGUGAAGACAUGUUAGCUGAAAAGAACAAUUUAAAUUAUCUUUCUGCACCUUUAGCAGACGAGCUAUCCUGACUGUGGUGUUUCAUAUUUUUUCUCAGUCCCUCCAGGCAAACUGCCAGGGUAGAAGUACCUUUGAUUAAGCUGUGACUGUUUCUUUCCACAUUAUGUUGAACUUGUCAUUGUUUUUCCUACCAUCUGAUGCUACAGUCUGAGGUACUGAAUAUGUUGUUAAACAGAAAACAUUUACUUGUUAAGGUAGGUGGGUGAAACCCAUGGCAGUCUCUUGCUGGGAAGUGUGGUAAUAAUUCCUCAACAGAUGGGAAUUGGUGGUACAUCUCUAUUUACACAGUGUCCAUAUGAAAAAUAAUGCUUCCUUAUUGUCCUGGCAGUGCUUGUCUGUACCUGUGUGUGUCCUAGGUGCAGACCAGUUGUAUGGGUCUUGUGAUGCUGUCACCGAGACGCUCAGUAUUUGUGCGCAGUGUAUAGCCAUGGGAUACCAGUGGCAGGGACAGCAGUCAGUGUAGUGAUUAGUGUACAGGGUUUGAUAUCCAAAUGGGCCCUCUGAGCCUCCAGUCCAAAGUUAUAAGGGGGCAUAGCCUCUGUUGUCUCUUGAUGCUGUUAAACUCAAAUUUACCUGUUGAGUUUGAGGUUGGGUUUUAAUGAAGCUUCAUCCACAUGUAAACUCUGCUCCAGUUGUUUCUCCUCCUCCUCCUCCGACACUACACUGUCAUGGUUUGCCUUAUGUGCAGUAACAACUUCAACUUCUUCCUUUUCCUUUGCCUUUAAUUCUGUCUCUAGAGCUUGAAAUUUACUGCCACCCUCCACAUUCUUUUCUUCCUUCAAGUCUAUUGUUUGCUGCUUCAGAUCCUGAAUUUCUUUCUCUCCAUCUUUAUCUUCUGUCUGAUGACAUGAACAUUCCUGUGAACAUCUUCAAGCCUUUCUUUAGUCUUUCUUCUAAUCUCCUGCGCAGAGUAGUACUACCAUGCUAUAUGAAAUCUGGCAAGAUGUUCCAGUUGCAGUUCUCGUUGCACUUUCUGGUAUUCUAGAUACUGCGUUCGUUCAUCACGCAAUUUCUGCAGUUUUGGACUAAUUUAUUCAUUUCAUGCAUUUAAGUCAUUCAAUUUUGCAUCCUUUUUCUCAAUUGUCUUCUGGGCUUGUUGUUUCUUACAUUCAUACAUUCUAAUACCUGUGUACUUCAGA